GGAAUGUGGCUCUGAGCUGGCAGCCCCCAGUGGAAGCCAAUGGCAAAAUUACAGGUUAUACAAUUUAUUAUUCACCAAUCAAAUCAGCUCCAAUCUCGGAAUGGAUCCCUCAGGCUGUGGGAGCCGAGCGCCUUUCCCAGCCAAUCCCUGAGGGGCUGCUGGACUCCGGAUCCUUCUUCAGAAUCCAGGCCAGGAAUUCCAAAGGACCGGGACCCCUAUCCGAAUCCAUCUAUUACCGUUCUCCUAAAG